AGAUCGGAAAGUUCUACUAAAAUGCAGAGCUGCGCAGAGUAAGACGAGACGCACUCAUUGACGGAAAGAAGCUCGUGGAGCUGUGACGACAGCAGGGGAGAAGGAAAUCCCCCCACACCCUUCCCGCUCCCCCCCCCCUCCAGAAGAGGAGCGUUUCCAGAAAGGUCACGGGUGGUGUGCCAAAGCGUGUCUGCAUGCGAGCUAGCCCAAAAACAAAAGCAAGAAAAGCAAAGCGGCAGCACCAUGUUGGUGAAGGAGUACCGCAUAUGCAUGCCGCUCACUGUGGAUGAGUACAGGAUCGGGCAACUGUACAUGAUCAGCAAGCACAGCUGCGAGCAGAGCGAGAGUGGAGAAGGGGUGGAGGUGGUGAGGAACGAGGCCGAUACUCACCCCCAGCACGGCCCGGGACAGGUGACGGAGAAAAGAAUCUACCUCAGCAGCAAACUGCCAGCCUGGGCAAAGGCGUUUGCCCCGCGGUUCUUCUACGUGACGGAGAAGGCCUGGAAUUUCUACCCGUACACCAUCACAGAAUACUCGUUGUCAUUUCUGCCCAAGUUCAGCGUCCGUAUUGAGACGCGAUUCGAGAACAACAACGGCUCCAACGACAAUAUAUUCGGCACGCCGACGCCCGCGGAGCAUGUGAGUUUCCUGGAUAUCCUGAGUGACCCCAUACCCGAAAAGCACUACAAAGAGUCCGAGGACCUGUCUCGCUGGCAGUCGCGUAAGACUCAGCGAGGGCCUCUAGAGGAGGGCUGGAGGAAGGACCACCAGCCCAUCAUGUGCUCCUACAAGAAAGUGCACUGCAGCUUCGAGGUGUACGGCUUGCAGACCAAGACUGAGGAUUUCAUCCACAAAAACAUUCGGGACAUCCUCCUGAUUGGUCACCGGCAAGCAGUGGCUUGGGUGGACGAAUGGCACGGGCUGAGCUUGGAGGAGGUGAGACAGUACGAGAAGAUGAUGCAGCAGAAGACCAACAUCAAAGUCAAACAAAGCACAGGAGCUCCGAACUCGUCCGCUCCCGUGUACUCUCGCUCCAUGUCGGUGACGGACGAGCGCACCCUGAAGAAGAUGGGCGCGUCCGAGCCCUCGGGUGGCUCCGCCGUUCCGCAGGGGCCCGUCCGGCUCAACUCCUCCUCCGAAUGAGGACAUCAAACGCAGCCGACGUUUGGAGUGACUUGUUGAUUCUUUCAUGUACAUAGAGGACAACAAAGCUAUUUUUUUUUUUGUUUUUUGUUUUUUCGAACGAGGAAUAUUUCUGCUGACGCAUUCAUGGAACAACAACGGCACCUCGGCAGUAAAUAGGGUCGCAAAAUUUGGGGAAUUUUCAAAGUUGGACACCUCCCAUGGGACUUCAAUCCUUUGCAA